CAUAAACCCUGUCCGGCCCUUUUUAGAUGGCAGGAUAAAUACAGAGCAGGCAACUUGGAUGAACUCUGAUUGCUUUCACUAUCAUUUUUACAUCGCAAAAAAUGGGAAUUAUGUAUGAUACAAGAGAGCUACCGCAUCCUUGCAAAUGGGUUCCAGAAUGAAACAGUCCAAAACGAGGUGCAGGGUCCUGUUCCAUUUAAAUUCCCUACAUUUAUAUUGAUGGUUUCUUGCGCUUGAUGGUUGAAAUCGUUCGAAGGGGUCUUCCAGUAAAGAGCACGUGACUUCUCACGAUUUUCCGGUCCUGUUCUUGUAAUUCAAUACAGAGACAAAAUAUAAUGUGAGACAACUGACCGCUGCGCCUGUUGAAGAGUUUGGCUGUGUGCAUGUGGGGACUGGACACUUGGACAUCAGACACUGACCACAAGGAAUACCUAUAUUUUUCUACGUCUUUCUGGGAAUGAAACAUUAGUUUAAUAUAAAAUGUGUGAAAUAAUAUUUAGUCAGAUUUUUCUUCGGUUUCCGUUACUUCUCUGGAUGGCAGGUGGGCCUACACAUGCCGCCUGUCCUAUUGAGCUCAACCCUCCCAGAUUGGUGGUGAGAUAUGGAGACUCAGUCUCAGUCAACUGCAGCACAUCAUCCACAGACCACGAGGGGAUGGGCUGGGAGGCCUCAUUAGGAGGUACAGGUUUAGAAGAGGUCAACCUUGUCAUCUGGAAUGUGGAGAAUUUGACAGAAUGGACAAUACAACCUAAAUGCUACCUCACAUCAAAAGAUGGAGAGCAGUGUUCGAAAAAGUUCCCUGUCAUUCUAUACAAGACUCCAGACAGCGUCUCCGUCUCUCCUCAGAGACACUCUGGUCCCAUGGUGGAGGGGACAGAGUACCAGCUGCAGUGUGACAUACAGAACGUCGCUCCUUUACGGAGCCUGGUUGUCAGAUGGUACAAAGGGAAUGAAACUGUAAAAAUUCAAACAUUUAAUGACUCCAAGAUGAACCCAGUGGAUGUGUUCUCCACCCUUAACAUCACCCCCAGGAGAUUUGAGGAUGAAGUAAAGUACAGGUGUGAGGCAGAGCUGGACCUGGGACCACUACCUUCUGUCAUGUCAUCACAGACUCUUAAUUUUGCUGUUCACUUCCCACCACAGAACAUUCUGGACCUGAGGGACACAGAAGUUGAUUUUGGUUCCCCUACUGGGCUGAAUUGCUCCUCCAAUGGGAACCCCCGGCCAAAGUACUCCUGGACUUAUCACCGGGCUCCCAACGUGAAAUUGAAGAAUGAUGAUGGGGGGUCCCUACUGACCAUCAAGCAGGCCUCAGGGGAGAACAUUGGGACCUACACAUGCCACGCCAGUAAUACCCUGGGAAAGGUCUUUAAAAUAGCCAGAGUCUCUGUCAGAGGAGCAGAGCCGGUAUGUCCUAUCAAGCUGAUCCCUGAGAGUGUGGUGGUGAAAUAUGGAUCUCCAAUCUCAGUGUCGUGCAGCAACACAACCAGUGUUGAAGAGAUCUACUGGACAGCAGGUCCAGAAGUUGUCAAUGACACUACCUGGAGUGUUCUGGAACUCCUAGACUGGGACAUAAGGCCUGGUUGUAAGGCAACCUUUCAGGGGAUUGGAAGAUGCAGUAAGCCUCUGCACAUCACAGUAUACAAGACUCCAGACAGCGUCUCCAUCUCUGUUCUGAGACACUCUGGUCCCAUGGUGGAGGGGACAGAGUACCAGCUGCAGUGUGACAUACAGAACGUCGCUCCUCUACAGAACCUGGUUGUGAAGUGGUACAAAGGAAAUGAACCCUUAGAUAAUGUAACUUACAGUAACGUCAGUAAGACACCAGUGGAUGUGUCAGAUACUCUGAUGAUCAGCCCCAGUAGAAGAGAUGAUGGAGCUCAGUAUAGAUGUAGAGCAGAACUGGACCUGGGACCAGAGGGACCCCAUCAUACAGUGACAUCAGAACCUCUCGACAUUACUGUACACUAUAAGCCAUGCAUCAAUGCAUCUCGACUGCCAGUGAGGAUACCUGUGUUCAGGGGCUAUCCUGAGGAGUUAGUGUGUGAGGCUGAGGGUUACCCACAGCCCAGGAUAAAGUGGGUCUAUGACCCAGCGAAGCAUGUCAGUGAGGCGGGAGGCAACCUGACUGUCUUUGAGGCAGGGCUCUACAACUGCACCGCCACCAACGAUGUGGAGACGACCUUCAUUGUGGUAGAGGUGGUUUUUAAUGAGGACUACCUGCCCCUCAUAGCGGGCUUCGUGGCCUUCAUGGUCGUGGUCAUCUCGGUCAUCUUCGUCUUCAUCUACUCCAUCUACUACAAGAACACCAAGAUGGGCCGCUACAGCCUGAAGAAGGCCAAGCUCAGCAGCACGCCCAACGGCAACGUAGCGCAGAACGGCGGCCGGGACACUCCGCUCCCGAUGACUAAACUGUCUCAGCCAAACAUCAACUUUUAAGAGAACGAGCUGUAUUGGGAUGUGCCACUCUUUCCCCGCUGAGAGACUAAGUGACUAAGUGAGAGACCAAGUGGUUGAGGUGGUUGAGGGGCUGGUCACAACUCAUUCAACUGGCAGACACCGGUCUGGAUUGUGAUAGUUGGGAGUGUCUCCUGACUCUCCUCCAACCUCCCUAUGCUUCAUAUGCACUCCCUUUCCUCUUUAGCACUAAGAUUUUAAGUACAGAUCAGUCCCUCUAUUUCCCCUUCUACUGAAGAACCUGAUGAGGUAGAAUAACCUCUGUUUUUAGUGAGCUUUAUGAUCUAUUCUACACAUAAAAAGUGUAGCUGAUGUUUUCUCUGAAGGACAAGAAGAAGUAGCAGCGAAUGAACAAUGUGAAAUCCCUUUUUGGAAACUGGCUUAUUUGAAAUGUAUUUUUUAUAUGACUGGUUUUGGAAAAACUGGUUUUUGUAUUGCAUAAGCACCAACAAGGGAAUUGUUAUGUCAUUUUGAACAUCUUUUUUUUGUUUGGUCUGAUGACAAUGUAAUUGCUGUCACAUUAUGCAAUUGCUUGAAGAGCAGCACAUGAUUGAAAUUGUGAGAAUGCUCCCUUUGCCUGGAUGUGAUGUCUUGCUCGUGACAAGAAGCUUGGAGUGGAACCUGCAGUACAGUGGAGGCUGCUGAGGGGAGGACGGCUCAUAAUAAUGGCUGGAACGGCGUGAAUGGAAUGGUAUCAAACACAUGGAAGCCAUGUUUGAUGUAUUUGAUACCAUUCCACUAAUUCCACUCCAGCUAUUACCACGAGCCCGUCCUCCCCAAUUAAGGUGCUACCAACCUCCUGUGCUAUAGUAUAUGCACAUAACUUAUUUAGGUUGUGAGCACAAUGAUCACUGAAACCAAUUAAUAUAGCCUACAUGUGAAAAGUAUUAUUUCCCCAGAGUGUGAAUUAUUCUGUGACAUUCAGGGGGUCUUUAUUUUUUUUGCAGGACUUCCUAAAAAAAAGAAAAUUGGGGGGGGGCCCAAUAGUAAAGAUAUAUUUUAACAGUAAACAUGUAUUACCUUUUAAUGUGGCAUGAACACAAACAGUCAUGAUGCUUUCAUCUGAUUCUCAAACAAAUCACUUCAAAAAUGAUUAAGUUACCUGUGCACUUUUGUCCACAAAAUAAUUCCAGCUUCUUAACAGUGCACCCGCCAUUUCCUGAAGGGAAAGAGACAUCUGUCACAAAACACCAAAAAAGUGUAAUGACAUUCAGUGAUUGUAAGGAAGCCUACACUCUUGUAGCCUGAAUUAAUUGAUGCGUCUUGCUGACAAAUUUACGUUUAGAAAAAAGUCUGGGCACCUGAAAAGGGGCUGAAAUACGGGACACAACUACAGCUGUCUGUCCCAAGCUCAUGUGAGGGCCCAGUUGAAACAAUGUUGCAAAGCUCUAAACAGACAUCAGAGAGGCAGACAGGUGGAGAAUGAAUGUGAUUGAAAGAACCUGAACCAGGUUAAACCAGCGUUGAGCUCAUUUAGGGGAGCUCAUGUCUCAUUUGGGGGUCAGAGCUACUCUGUUACUACUCUACAUUGCUCCUACUCACCCAGAACUGCAUCUGGAGUGUUCAGUGUUUUAACUGCAUCACUGUAAUGCCUGACUGCAUGUGAGUUCUGAAUGUGUGGAAGGGGCAGUUGGUGUGUGGUUGCCUCUUCCUGUAAGCAGAUUGAAUCAAGCCAUUAUUAUCAAAUGCAGGAGUCAAGAGAAAGCCUGGAGCUCAAGAGUAAUGUCAAUACUUUUUAGGUCCCACUUCACAUUGUGGCCUAAAACCUUUGUAAUUACAUGGUAGUUACAUUGUUACAUAUUACUUACAGCUGUUAUACUGGUUUGUUAUACAGUUACAAGUAUGUAACACUUUGUAAUUACAAAGUGCCCAUAUACACUCACCGGACAGUUUAUUAGGUACACCACCCAAUUCACGAAAAUGGAUCACUCCUACAGACAGUCAGCUGGCCGUGGCUUGCUAUAUAAAUCAGGCAGACAGACAUCAAAGCAUAUAAUUAAUGUUUGAUUGAACGUUAGAAUGGGCAAGACGAGUGACCUAAACAACUUUGAGCAUGGCACACCAGAUCCAGUAUCUCAGAAACGGGCGCCCACGACCCAUCCUGCCUGGUGUCAACAGUACAGGCUGGUGACGGUGGUGACUGUACAGGCUGGUGACACCACCGUCCAAACUGCAGCAACUGCGUGAUACCAUCGCGUCAGCAUGAACCAACAUCCCUGUGGAACGUUUUUGACUUGUAGAAUCCAUGUCCCGAAUAAUUCAGGCUGUUCUGGAGGCAAAGUGGGUCUUGACUCGGAACUAGAUGGGUGUACCUAAUAAACUGGCCAAUGAGUGUAUGUAACUGCAAUGUAAAUGCAUACGUUUUAGGCUACUUCAUGUAAACUCAAAGCCUUUUGUGUAUGUAAUAUAAAAUAUAAAACUGUAUAUUUAAUAAAGUCUGUAAAAAUGAGUGCCUCUACAUUUAAGGGCCCAUAGAGUAUGUGGAGAAUAGAUUGCAAGGGGGGGCUUAUAGGGAAGAAGAGAACAAUUAAUAUUGUACAAAGGGAUGGUCAGUGUAGAUGUUCUAUCAAUAUUGGUCUUCUGGUUGUUAGGAGAGAGAGAGUAUCUCCCUUGACCCCCUUUCACCACAGAAUGUAGUCUACACAAACUUCUGUGGAGAUCUUUUGUUUCACAAUCCUCUCAUGUCAAUACUCCUGUGUUAAGAAAUUAAUUUGUAUUAAUCUUUUGUAUAAUAUUGCUUUGAGUUUUCAUUAAAAUAUUGCGUUUUUUAUGAUGAUA